AACGCAGUUGACCACAGCAAUCAGUUGCAGUUCAAGCAUCCUCCUCUUAACAACACUUCAAGCACAUUCACAACCAACACCAACUCUCAACAACAUGUUCAAAUACGUGCUCUGUGUCGCUCUCAUUGCCUGCGCCUGCGCCGACAACAUCAACAAGGACGCCCAGAUUCGCAGCUUCCAGAAUGACGCAUCCGAUGCCGAGGGCAACUAUCAGUAUGCCUACGAGACAAGCAAUGGCAUUCAAGUCCAGGAGGCCGGCAAUCCUUCGGGUGUUCGCGGUGCCGUCGCCUAUGUCUCCCCCGAAGGUGAACAGAUCUCCCUGAGCUACACUGCCGAUGAGGAGGGCUACCAUCCAGUUGGCGAUCAUCUGCCCACUCCUCCCCCGGUGCCCGCUUAUGUGCUGCGUGCCCUCGAAUACAUUCGCACCCAUCCUGCAGCGCAGAAGGACGAAUAAACCAAGUAUUCCAAUCCCAGUCCAAUCCAGCACCCAGCACCUUCCACAUCCAUCUCGAUAUUAAGUGGCAGUCAUUGUUAUAUUGUAGAGACAUACAUUCGCACCUUUUAAUUAGUUAGUAGUUAUCGUGUUAAUAAAGCUCGUUGAUCCAUCCGCCAGCAAGCACUAAACGCAAAAAAACAACAA